AACGGUCUAUUUUAAUAAAUUCAAAUUGGUAGGGACAUGCUUGAUAACGUCAAAGUUGUAGGCACUUGCUAGUUAGCUGUCCAGCCAACAUGCUACGAGGAAAGUAUUUGGGAUUAGCUAGUGCGUUCUUGCCUGCUAGCUAGCUGACCAGUAUACACGUCUACAGCUUGCGCGCUACAAUACUGUAUGUAUCCAGACUUGUUCUCAUCUUGCUAGCUAGCUAGUAAUGCAACGUUAGUGAGAAAGUGCAACUUAUACGGUUAUAACAGUCUUUCACGUAGCUAAUUUCAAGGGUUCUUGAAGUAGAGAUGGCAACGUUUUAAGAGAGACUCUACAAGCCUGCAUCAAAUCAGACAACAUUUGAACGGUCUCUGAUGGAGAAGAGGUCUCAAGGAGACCAACAUCUAUGGGCUCCCGCUCCAGCCAUGUUUGGCACAGAAUCCUCACUAAGCAUGUUUCUGAAUACCCUGACCCCCAAGUUCUAUGUGGCUCUGACAGGGACCUCCUCCUUGAUAUCAGGACUUAUUCUGAUAUUUGAGUGGUGGUACUUCAGGAAGUACGGGACUUCCUUCAUCGAGCAGGUGUCUGUAAGCCACCUGCGCCCCCUGCUGGGCGGCGUGGACAACAGCUCCCCGACGAACUCCAGCACCAGUAACGGAGAUGCAGACUCCAACCGACAGAGUGUGUCUGAAUGUAAAGUGUGGCGAAAUCCACUGAAUCUAUUUCGAGGGGCGGAGUAUAAUCGGUACACGUGGGUGACAGGCCGGGAACCACUCACGUAUUACGACAUGAACCUCUCGGCACAAGACCACCAGACCUUCUUCACGUGCGACUCGGACCACCUCCGGCCAGCGGACGCCAUUAUGCAGAAAGCCUGGAGAGAGAGGAACCCACAGGCUCGAGUCUCUGCCGCACAUGAAGCCCUGGAACUGGAAGACUGUGCGACAGCCUACAUUCUUCUGGCGGAGGAGGAAGCCACCACCAUCAUGGAGGCCGAGAAGCUCUUCAAACAGGCCCUGAAGGCCGGAGAGGGCUGCUACCGACGCAGCCAGCAGCUUCAACACCACGGAGCACAGUACGAGGCACAGCAUAGAAGGGACACCAAUGUUGUGGUAUACAUCAAGAGGAGACUGGCCAUGUGCUCUAGAAAGCUGGGCCGGACCAGAGAAGCUGUGAAAAUGAUGAGAGAUUUAAUGAAGGAGUUCCCUCUCCUCAGUAUGUUCAAUAUCCAUGAGAACCUGCUGGAGUCCUUACUAGAGCUACAGAACUACGCAGAUGUACAGGCCGUACUAGCCAAGUACGACGAUAUUAGUUUACCCAAAUCUGCAACAAUAUGCUACACAGCAGCCUUGCUCAAAGCCAGGGCAGUAUCAGACAAGUUCUCUCCAGAGGCCGCGUCCAGACGAGGGCUGAGUACAGCAGAAAUGAACGCGGUAGAAGCCAUACACAGAGCGGUGGAGUUCAAUCCACACGUCCCCAAAUACCUGUUAGAAAUGAAAAGUUUAAUCCUGCCCCCGGAGCACAUUCUGAAGCGAGGGGACAGUGAGGCUAUAGCCUACGCCUUCUUUCACCUGCAACACUGGAAGAGAGUGGAAGGGGCCCUUAACCUUCUCCACUGUACCUGGGAGGGCACUUUUAGAAUGAUUCCAUACCCUCUGGAGAAAGGCCACCUCUUCUAUCCAUAUCCAAUUUGCACAGAGACCGCAGACAGAGAGCUGCUACCAAGGUUUUGUGUGGAUCCCAUGAAAAGUAGCUGCUCUCAAUGGCAUCCUAAUAAAAUCUUGAACACGCACAUAACAGAAAAGUGUUUCAUGAGGUAUCCGUGUACCCUAAGAAGGAGCUGCCAUUCUUCAUCCUGUUCACGGCUGGACUCUGCUCCUUCACCGCCAUGCUGGCACUCCUCACACACCAGUUCCCUGAGCUCAUGGGAGUCUUCGCUAAAGCUUUUCUUAGCACCCUGUUUGCUCCUCUGAAUUUCAUCAUGGAGAAAGUGGAGAGCAUCCUGCCGUCCAGUCUUUGGCAUCAGCUCACACGCAUCUGACCAGCAUCAACCGGAUUAAACCUAAACAGACUGACGCACCCUUUGUGCCAAGAUCUUGGAUUGGACAGGCAGAGGAUGGAAUGGAAGAGAAAAGGGAGACAUGGAAUUCUGAAUUGGUUUUGACUUUAUUUCAUAUGUUUUCAAAUCUCAUGUAAAACCGUUUUUUGUUGUACAAAAAAAGGUAAUCAAUUGUCAUCAUUAAAAAAGUGAAAAAGACAAAUAAAAUAAAGGACUUUUGUGUAUUGCUACAA